GGAAAGCGAGGUAACAGAUUUCUCCGCGCGCUUCGCCGGGCGUGGCUGACUCGUCUGCCGGCGGUGUCGUAGCCGCGGCGCGCUGCGGGGCCGCAGGAUGCUCCGUGAUGGAUGGGGAGUGACAGAUCGGGGUUAGCCGCCGGGGGAGUCCAUUUUCUUGCCGCGCACGGUCCUCCUCGAGAAGAAAGGAGAGGAGAGAUAGUGGAGCGGAGCGGAUGAAGGGGCGACACGCGGGGAGCGGAGCGGCUCAUUUCCACGCCUCCCCCCUUCGCCUCUCUGUCACUCUCUCUCUCUCCCCCUCUCUCCCGUGCAUCACAACCUAGUGGGCUUUACCCGGGCUGCACCGCAUUGCCGCUGCCGCUGCCUCCGCCGACCCAACCCACAGAACUAGCGCACCCACGUCCACACAGCGCAAAGAGCAGGUAGCGGGGCGCUUCGAAGCGCAGCUGGAGACUGGACGCGGGCAGAUUAUGUGCGCCGAUAUGCAACAAUUCUCCCCCCACCUCUCCCUCCCCGCUCCCUCGCCUCUGGCUCCAGACUCGCACUCGCCGUCCUGCGCGGUGAUGUCAAGACUUUGGAAGCGGCAGUGACUCGUGCGGGAGGAGAUCGCUGCGGCUGCGGCACGAAUAGCGCACGCCGGGAUACAACUUCCAAGUUCGCACAGCGCGCGGCCACGGAUGGAGCUGCGGUGCAGACUUACAGCCGCGACGUCGCCGCGCGGGUCUCAGUGCGGGCGCUGACUGAAUGGAAGAGUCUCCGCGCUGCCACCGGGGCACGAGGAGGCACUUGUGAGAAUUCAAACUGCGCUAACUAAUUCGUGGACCAUGCAGAUUCUGCCGCCUAGGACGCUAUUUGUGUUACUGGCCCAUGCGCAUGUGUUACUGAGUGUGAGAAACAAUAGAGAACUACCAACUCAAGAGGAGGCCAGCACCGGCGCGUCCUCCGCCAGGACUUUCCAUGCGUCGUUCGGGGAGAGCCACCAAAGCAAAGCGCGCACCCGUGCGCUCUCGUGGGGUCGCGCCACAGGUGCGUCUCCGGCGGAGGCGCAGCCGCAGCCGCAGCGGGCGCUUCUCAGAGCGACCCUGAACUCCACUCACCCCUGGAAGAGAGUGGCCGCGGGAGAAGCGAGGCGACCCGGACACGGCAGGCACGACUGGAACGGGAGCGUGACCCCCGCGGAGGAGCCGCCGCGCCGCCACAAUAAGAGGAUAAAGUUGAAUGGCGGUCUCAGUAGCACGGGGACGCCGGCAGGUGGACGCCACAAUGCGCUUAAGCUGCCGUCAAUGGGCCGGGGGGACGAGGGGGGGGGGCCCGACGAGGGCGACCGGCACAAGAGAGGCACAAAGGACGAGCAGAGGAAAGCGUGGAAGAGGGGGAGAACCCGCCCGAACAAAAGCUCCGUCCUCCUGGCCCAGGCGCACUCGUCGCCGUGGGAACCCCUCCCCAAGCCGGUGGCCCUCACCUCCACCGACCUCCCCUUCGACCUCUUCACCCGCAGGAGCGAGCUCUUCACCUUCCGGGAGGAGAACCCCUGGGACGCCACGCCGAUCACGCCUCCCAGCUCGCAGGACUUCGGCGACGAGAUCAAGAACCCGUUCUACCCGGUGACCAGCGAGACGUACGGCGCCUACGCCAUCACGUGCGUCUCCGGGGUGAUCUUCCUCGCGGGCCUCGCGGGGAACAUCGCCAUCCUCUGCAUCGUGUGCCAGAACUACUACAUGAAGAGCAUCUCCAACUCGCUGCUGGCCAACCUGGCGGUGUGGGAUUUUGUGCUCAUCUUCUUCUGCCUCCCCAUGGUGGUUUUCCAUGAGCUCACCAAGUCCUGGCUGCUGGGGGAGUUCACCUGCAAAGUAGUGCCCUAUGUGGAGGUGGCGUCUCUGGGUGUCACCACCUUCACCCUGUGCGCCCUGUGCAUCGACCGCUUCCGCGCCGCCACCAACGUCCAGAUGUACUACGAGAUGAUCGAGAACUGCACCUCCACCACCGCUAAGCUGGCCGUGAUCUGGAUCGGCGCCCUGCUCCUGGCCCUGCCGGAGCUCCUCAUCCGGCAGCUGGUGAGGGAGGACGCGGCCAUGCUGGACGAGCCGCCCGUGGAGCGCUGCAUCAUCAGGAUCUCCACCUCGCUGCCCGACAUGCUCUACGUGCUGGGCCUGACCUACGAGGGCGCCAGGCUGUGGUGGUGCUUCGGCUGCUACUUCUGCCUGCCCACGCUCUUCACCAUCGGCUGCUCGCUGGUGACGGCGCGCAAGAUCCGGCACGCGGAGCAGGCCAGCGUGCGCAGCAACAAGAAGCAGAUCCGGCUGGAGAGCCAGAUGAACUGCACCGUGGUGGCGCUGGCCAUCGUGUACGGCGCGUGCGUGGUGCCCGAGAACAUCUGCAACAUAGUGUCGGCCUACAUGGCGGCGGGGGUUCCCGAGCACACCAUGGCCGUGCUCCACCUCCUGUCGCAGCUGCUGCUCUUCUGCCGGGCCGCCGUGACGCCGGCGCUGCUGCUCCUGCUGUGCCGGCCCCUGGGCCGGGCCUUCCUGGACUGCUGCUGCUGCUGCUGCUGCUGCAACCGCGCGCCCUCCUCGGCCACGGCCAGCGACGAUAACGAACACGAGUGCACCACGGAGCUGGAGCUGUCGCCGUUCAGCACCAUCCGCAGGGAGCUGAGCAACUACACGCCGGCCGGCUCCAACUGCUAAGCUAGCCCGCUCGCUAGCGUUUGUCCGACCCGGCUAGAGAAGCCUGCCUUAUCUAGCCCGUCCAACGGUUGAAAUGAGUGCACGAACCGCGUUGGAUACUGAAUAAUCACGUUCAAGUCAGCUUUCAUUUUUAUAAAACUGUACAUUCACACUAACUCCUCUUUUCCAUGAAAGCUAAUGAAGGCAGACUCUGGUCGUGCCCUGUGGUGCUCUCAAAACAGGGUCGACACAUAUUUUUAGCAUUCCUGUCUGAAACCUUUAAAGCCUACGAACCUCCCUCCAUGUAGAUGUUAAUUUAUUUAAGCUAAAGCUACAAUAUGUGACCUUUACUUUAAGUGUAAGUAAGUGUUAUUUUUGCCCAAAUCAAGUUUAUGUUAAAAAAAAGUCUAGCAGCGAUGAGGAUCAUGAGCAAGUCUCCACCUCAACCAAUCAAUUACCUGAACAUCAUGUGCCCCUGAUGCCUUGAUUGCUAAAAUUUGCAUAUUGUAGCUUUGACUUUGUCACGGUAAUAACAAAACAAAAGCGUUAGCCUCAUGCUAUUAGUAACAGCUAAAGCUAAUAUAUUGUUUCUGUACAAUGUACAUGUAAAUUGUUGUACAGAAUAUGAUGCAACAACCUCAAAACAUUUUAUGUUUGGCCAUCACAAAUAAUAUUUAUGUAUUCAGAAAUAAUCUGUAAUAUUAGAACCUGUGAAAGCCAACGAACGUCCCGUGCGCCCAGCAACAUUUCAGCUAAUGAAUCACAGAGCAUCCUUGUACGAUAAUACAAAGACAGCAUCCUUUCGGCUCACACUGCCUCAAGGAGUGCUAGGUUCACAGACUACAUCUGCUGUAAAUGUACAGGUCACAUACUGUAAGAGUGCACACACGGGAACAAGGCUUCUGACUGGUAAUUAAAGCAGUGCAGGGCGUUACUUUGCAGUAACGGCCAAAGAAAACUAAGAUGUCGCGCGAGGGAAUCCAGGCGAACACGCGAACACUUUCACUGUAUAUUAAGAAAUCUCGAGGGGAUUCCGACACAACUGGGCUGGUCUCAGACAACAAACAUGGACAUGAGUGGAAUUAAAUGCCUUGGAGCCGAUUGCUGAAAUCACAUUAGAUUUGAACGGAGUGGAUGGAAUCAUGUGAAACACUAGAUUAAAGUGAAUGGUGUUAAUAUCAACGGAAUGAAAACCAGUGAAGCAUAAGACGGUGGCAUGGGACUAAAUGGGAUGGACUAUGAAUGGAUAUCUGCACUACACAGUGGGAUCGUGUUCCGCCUUACACUUUGGGCUGUACAUAUAUGUACUGUACACUUCCCUCGGUGCUCUCAUGAUGAAUGCGCUGUAAACAACAAAUCCAUCGGUUCGACCAAGAAUCGCAAGUAACGGAGCUGCGUGCUGUGUUUCAGGUCAAGAAGACAGAUGACAUAUCUGGGACUCAAUUAUCAAGUAAGAGGCGGUAGAAAUCAAUGUGGGGCUUCACUGAGGCUGGAGUACAACUACUGCCUUUAUUUCUAGCGCCUGCUAAACUACUGUACAGUGUGGUAGCAUUUUAAUUUAAAGGACAGAUGCGCAACAUAUGCAAUAACUAGCUAUGAUCUACUCCAUUGGUACAGAAAUAUAAUUACAAGCUGUUACUUUUAUUGUGUCACAUUAACAAAAAAACUAUCCAUAAUAAUAAGUUAAUAUAUAAAAUCACAUUACACAUACAGUAAUAGGGAUCAAUAAAAACUGUAAUUAUAGCUGGAUUAUAUUUUUGUACCAACAUUCACCACAGAUUUCAUGUAACGGUAUUGAUUAAUAAAUGCUAAAAUAAAGUGCUACCAUCACUGUGUCAAGCAAAUCAUACGUUAGAGCAGAACCUCUGUUUUUUUUAGCCCUGACCAUCGAGUCUCCACUUUCAGCUCAGCCACUGCAAUAAAACACCAGUGGGUUCGUGGAGUUUUGGAACUCAGCAUCUAGGAGGUUGUUUUCUAUGUUUCCCAAAACCAAAUAUUCCCGAUUAAACGGUGCGCCUUCGCCUGACGAUUCUUGACCUUUUACCCUCUGCAGUUUUAUUACUUGAGUUUUUAAAGGCAACCAUUGAAAUGUUUUUCACGGUGUCAACAUUUACAAGUGUAUUGUCAUGUAAAUCUGUUUUCUUAAUCCCUCUAAUCAGACCUGGGUCCGAGCGUGGUUCAAACCACACUUCAGCUCACACACAAAGUGUGGACAGCUACUUACUGGUGGUGAAUUCUGUGAUGACCCAGGUGUGAUGUUUGUUGGUAUACUGUAUAUUACAAUGACUCUUUUGAUGAUAUGAUGAUCCUGCACUGCCAAACACCUUCUCCCCGUCUCUCGUGCUCGUGUGGUAGUAGCACACUAUCUCUGGGUGUCUAUUUCAGCAUGGCGGUCAGUUUGCCUGCAGCUCCAUCAAUGAACGGGGACAAAUGCCCACCGCUCCCCCCGCGGGGUGUGCCAGCACCCAGGGCCAGUCGUAACCAAGCUAUAUAUGGCCUGUAUAGGCAGAAACUUUGGAUAAAUGGUGCUUUUUCCUUUUACAGCUGGAGGCGGCCACACCACAGGCUCUAAUGAACUCCACUUUAUGAGCUCCAAGAGAUCUAGGUGGACGUAACCUCUGGUUGCUGCUGCCUGCCAUUAUUCAAGUUAAUAGAGCAAAAUGGCCAAGAACAAUGCAGCUCCACAAUGCAAUGCCCCGCAACCAGUCUGACAACUCUUUUUAUUACACUGUCGGAGCAUUUACUGUACCAGGGAUCUCAGCCUGCGUUCACAGGCCCCUUUUCUCGCCUGUCUUUUGAUGGUACUCAUGUGCAAACUGACCUGUAAUCCCUACUUUCUCUGCAUAUUUCUGGGAGCAUAGCUCAUUCUAAAUGGCUCAGUGUGUAGUACCGUGGUUCGACAUAUUGAUGAAGUGAUAACUCGUGCUCUCGUUUAUUCUGAACUUUGUGACUAUUCUCUUCACUCUGAGCAAAACAUGUCUGUAUUUGAUACCUGAAACUGUAAGCACAGCGCCACUGUUGUCUCCAAGUCUAGUCACUAGUUUCUAAAUAGCUUUUUAUAUAGCCAAAAACCUGUCCCUUUGUUUAUCAAAGAAAUUUAUCUUGACAACUGUGUAUUAAAACCCUAAAUGUCCCAUUA